AUGAAGUCUUCGAACACUUCUGAGACGCAUUUCGACACAAUUCAAGAAGAAUCCUCCCGAGAACUUCUCUCCUGUGGUCGUUGCGGAACAAUUUACGUGUCUCGCAGCCAAUUAGAACAUCAUCUCGCAACGGAUUGUGGCAAAAUCAAGAAUUACGUUUGCCAUUGCGGAAGUCGGUAUCUCACGGAAGCCAGUUUAAAUCAACAUAAAAUCUCGCACGAUGGUUCAAAGAAGUUUUUGUGCGAUUUUUGUGGGAAAAGUUUCUUAAGCAAAGGACAAUUGAAGAUUCACGAGCGAACCCACACGAACGACAAACCCUUUGGAUGCGGAAUUUGCAAUAAACGUUUCGCAUAUCGCGAGAGUUUGAUCACACAUUCGUCGAUUCAUACCGGAAUUAAGCCCUACGAGUGUCAAUUGUGCAAAAAAACCUUUUCUUGCAUCGGAAAUUUGUUGAAACAUCGAAGAACGAGACCCGAUACGUGCGGUUUGGAGAAAUAUUCGGAAGUGAAGAAGAUUGCGCCUCGUCCCAUGACCAAAAAUUUGCCAAUUCCAACGAUUAUUGAGCGAAAAAGUACAAAAAAUGACAAGAAAUUGAGAAAUUCGAAGCAAAAAACGAUGGAAACGAGCUCGAAUGAUGAAAUUUCGUCGGAAACAAUCACUUUGAUGUCAACUGCUCUCAUGAGUUUUGUCGAAGGAGACGAUCCGGAUGAGCAAAUUACCUUUAUUGUAACUGACAACUACGACACAAACGAUGAGGAUGCGAUAAUUGUCCAAAAUGACGACGUUUCAAUGGUGAAUGAGGCAGAAAAUGACGUAAAAAGUGAAAUUUCAUCCUAUGUUAGUGUCGAAGAGAGCUCAUUUGCAUGCCAAUUAUGUCCGAAAAUCUACAAAAGUUCAAAAAUCAUGAUAAAUCACUUACGAAAAGAGCAUAACAUUCAUCUCAAAGACACCGUACUGCAAAAAAUUCAACAUUCCAUCAAGCCCGUUACUCAAAAUAUCCCCGAAAAUACUCCCAAAGACCCGAAAAGUCACAUUUGCAGCAAAUGCAAGCGAAGUUUCUCCUCACGAACGAUUCUCACGGAUCACGAACGUUCGAAUUGCGGCACGAAACCCGUUUAUGUCUGUGAUAUUUGCAACAAAGGUUACCAUUCCGCCGGCAGUUUGAAGACGCAUAAGACAGUUCAUACGGGCGAACUUAAAUUCGUGUGUCAAUAUUGCGGACAAACGUUUCGAACGGCGGGACAAGUGAAAAUCCAUGCGAGAAAACACACGGGAGAAAAGCCGUAUAAAUGCGACAAAUGUGAGAAAAGUUUUGGGCAUCGCGAGAGUUUGUUAACGCACGAGUCUGUUCACACGGGCGUCAAAAGAUUCAUGUGCAAAUGCGGGCAAAGAUUUAGCUGUAUAAGUAAUUUGAAGGCGCAUCGGAGAAGUCACAAAGAUAAAUGUGGGAAAUUUCCGUUAGUGACGAAGCCAGUUGUAACAAUUGAAGGAGUUUCGCCGAGGAAUUUGAAUAAAUGAAUUAUUAGAAAGAA